CCGUACUUGCCUGCAGUUACAGACAAGGUUCAAGGCCCAGCUCUCUGUUUUGUUUCAGUGGGACAUGGCUUGGGCCCCAUUGAGCAUCGUGGUUGUAUAUAUAGACGACCAAUGGAUCAGAGGGAAGCUCGCCCACUGUCAUGAACUUUACCUAUGAUUAUCCUGCUCUUUGAUCUCGAUAGCCAACUGCCACGGCGCCACCGUCAAUACCGGCAUCUUAUGACACGCCAAGAUGGCGUCAGGCUUUGACCUUGUCAUUGACAUUGUCAUCCCCGUGCACCGAAGCAGUCAAUGCUUGGUGUCAAAGAUUGUGGAAUACAAAAGUCCAGUUUGACCUGCCGAGCAUGAAGGAGCAUUGAGGCGUAAGCCUGGGGGGCAAUGGCAGUGCUACGAUCUGAUUGGACUAUGCAAUCAUCGUUGACGGCGGGCAUCAGUGCCUGCAUCUGGUCUCGGUAAGAGUAGGUAAAUGCAGGAGGCUCGACAGGAUGGGCGUGGCGCAUUCGACAGCACAUGGAAUUUGACCCUAAUGAACAUGUUCAACGGUCCAGGGAUGAGGCAUCACCAGAGGACACGUUCUCAAGUGGUUUCAUUCAACUCCCAGAACGGCCUCUUGCUGAAUACGCCGAGCAAUCUGCCACCCAGCAAUCUAGGAUGCUUGCUGUGGGCUUGUUACAACUAUACCGUAGAUACAUUUUCUAUGCCCACUGACGGGAACCUGUAUUUGGAAGUAUUGCAAUAUGUCAAUGACUUCGUCGUGACGUUUGGGGGCAAGGAAGUCUGCUCAUAGUGUAUUACGGAGGCCAUGCGUACUAACGGACCCUAUCAGGCCAUUCAGGCGCAAAUACGGACAUUAUGAGCAUCACUUCCCUCUAACCCUAUAGGAUCAUUAGUCUGGUUUCGACAGUGCGCGGCAAAGUGGAGCAGAAUAUCCAAUAUUAUCAUUGUGUCCGAUUCUAGGACAGGAGGAUGCGGAUAUUUUAUUGAUGCUGGGUUGUUGUCAAGCUCUCCCGGUGCCAUUCCAGUCACGCUCCAAAGGUGUCAUCGUAGCGCUUCGCCGCUACAGGGUUUCGAGAAUGAAGCUAUCACAGCUGAGCCUUAUGUAGACCCCUUUACGCACGGUUUAAUUACCGUUCUACGAGAAUUUGCUCACUAUCACUCACCUGUCCUACUGAACUUGCUUCGCUCUCGCCCAGUUAGCAGAACACAGGAACAUGAAACAACUUUGUUGAAAGACUACAACUGAAUCAUUGGCUACGACUAACACCGAUAUCAAAGAUUUCGAAACCGCCGACGAGUCACCUUGGAAUGUUGAUAAUGAGAUGGAUGUACUCGUAGCCGUAAGACUCAAUGGUGGCGAGUUAAACGUGGAAGCCUGGGCUCAGUUGUUCUUGCGGAUACCCCCCCGAGGCUGGAAAAGUCAAGUUCAUGACAAGGGUUAAAUGUGAAGGGGCAUACACAAGUCUUCCGAACCUAUUUAUUGCAAGAGUACCUGUGUGUAUUUGGAACCUGAUGCCCAAAUACCCGUCUGUAUCGUUUAUUGGGUACAUAUGCGGUGCAAACAUGGCAGCCACGAUCAACCAAGGGGCGCAGCAGAGUGCACCAUCAGAUUUUUCCAUAUCUGUAGAGACACACGAGGAAGUGAUACACGGGAAGAGGAGGAGGGAAGCAGUCCGGGGCGAUCCGUUACGACCUAUGACCAAGAAACUACAAGACUCAGAUACGGAAAAUGCGCAUGCCAAGCACUGUUGACAACAUUCGUAACGUACACAAAUUAGUACAAGGUUCAAUCAAGCAAGAUGCACCUACCAACGGGCCCCUUUUCGAAGACAGCACGGUUACAAGUAAUUCCAUACCUCUUGAUGAAGAUAUUACCGGCCAAGUUCGACAUAACACAAAGAUUGUUGAAAAGCUGUUAUAACGGUUACGUGACUAACAUUAGCUGCAUUUUGAAUAACGAAUUAAAGGAAAAUAUAGGCAAGGUUUUAAUAUAAUAUUACUUAUUUAU